GCAUGUCCCGAUCGACUUGUCUAUUUGGUAUUUUCCCGCUGGCUUGUACGUACGUACCUACUGGUCCCCUGCAAUCAGAUCUUCGGACGUUUCGGCCGGGACGUGAAUUGCAAGGUACUCGUCACAUCGCAGUUCAGUGUCGCGUUCCAUUUCCGCAAGGUACGACGACUCACCGCGCACCCGAAACUCGAGGAUGGGUAGGAGCAAAAAAGGAUCCAAAACAGUCCCGUGCACAUCGAACAACCACCACGAGGUGCCGAGAAAGAACGUCAAGGAUUCGAUACCCGAGUUGUCGACAAGGAUAUCUUUUCCGGUCGUUGAAAGCGCGAGGGACGAGACGGAGGACGAUACGGACGAAGAGGAAACCUUAGAGUUCAAUUUUCGACCGAGGAAAAUGUUCCUAUCGAACUCGUGUUUGAUCUGCUCCCGGAUAUCCAGUCCAGGAUUUCUUUGCAAACACUGUAAAAUGGUUUCUUACUGUACCAAAAGUCAUCAGCUGGAAGACGAACGCUCUCACGAGGACCUUUGCAAAAUUUUGAGCAAACUUUCCGCUCCUGCGGCCGAUCCGCGCGCCGACGAUCCGAAGAUCUCCAUAGAUCCGGAAGAGUACAGAAAUUUUCGCGUCGGACUGAUAAGAUCGACCGAAAAAUCGUUGCUGCGUUACCUCGACCUUUGGGAGAAGGAGAUAAUACUUUACCCUCGCGCGUGUUAUCGAUGCCACCGCUUAAGCGUCGCAGACGAUGACUCGCUGCAGUGCUGCGCGGAUUGCAAGGUCGUAUUCUGGUGUAGCGGUCACGGCAACGAUCACUCCAAAUGGUGUCUACAGUAUCAGAUAUUUCACAAGAUACUAGCGGCACAGAGUGCGCACGGUAACGCGAACCCCCAUAUCCCGAACGUUUAUUUCACCGCGCCCGACAUGGCGUCAAACGACUUCGACAGUUUCAUGUCAAAGGUCACCAACAAUUCGUCGCGUUUUCGCAACAUGGACGUUUACAAUUACACGGCGUUGUCGCAUUUGGCUAGCGUGCCGCUCACCGUUUUGUACGCGUUGCAACACACCCAUCGUCACAAUUGGCGAGGUCUGGAAAAUUUCACGUUACAUUUGAUAGGCGCCGAAUUUCAUUACGAGGGCGUCAAUCUCCGCGUUUGGGAGAAAUUGUUUCUCCACUUUUUGCCGAAUCUGAAAAAUCUCACGAUCGUCGCGAUCGGACCCGAGUUGUUUCUACCCGCUAUGGUACCCGGCGAACUUUUGACGAGGGUGAAACUUUGCCGUCGAUGCAAAAUCGCUGGCAAAACGAUCAGAGUCUCAUUCGUAGCCAACACCCUUUACCACGAUUUUCGUUCGUCUCCGGAGUACGGUAGGCCGGACAUGAGCUGUCUGUUCAAUCCCGGCCUCUAUCGGAGGACCGCUUUCGGCGGCCGAGACACUUGGCCAAAAACUAUUUCCGAAUUAUGCUCGGCCAAGGUGCCGAUCGUGGUCACCGCCUAUACGGAACGUGAAAUCCCUAUGGACAUCGCCAGGGUGAAGUCCGUCGGCGAGAUACGGAUCGUUCUGACGCCCCGCAAGAAUCCCUACGCAAGUUUGAAACCGGACAGAAAUUUCGUCAGCGACGAAACGGUACCACUGAUAUACAAGAAUUAUUUUCUAAGCAUUGUAACAGCUGUUUGAACGACGUUCGUCGUCUUUUCAUUUGAGAUUAAACAAAAAAAAACAACAACAA